AUGAGUUCCGAAGUUACUUCUCCAUGGGCUCUCCAUGAUCCUACAGCCGUUCCAGGGGAGGAUUUUUCAAAUUUUUUCAACUUCAAUGAGAUACAGUUAGACAUGCCUCCAUCGGCAUUUGAUCCGACAGGCCGAGAUGAUGUUGAUUGUGAUGGAGAUGAAGAUGAAGACUCACACAGCCAACACACUGCCAUGGAUACUGAUUUCCACGACGCGGGAGAUUUUAAUGGAAAGGAUCAUCAACUCGAGGAUAUGCUGGGGAUGCAAUUUCACGAUAUAAAUCCAAUGGGUCAAUCACGACCACAGCAGCAGCAACAACAGCAGCAUCAUCAGAUGCAUCAUCAUAAUAUGAUACCACCUACACCUUCUAGUAUCGACCUUCAAACAGGGCUUCCUCAUUCGUAUACCCACAGUAUGGAGGCCGAUAUAUUGAUGGAUAGAUUCAAUAAUAUGCGGGACGAACAGAUGCUAUUUACACCACUCGUUUCGCCUGCAGUUACUCCUCUAGACACAAAUUUCAUCCACAACAUGCCUUCAUUUACGAUGCCGGAGUAUUUUAGCCCUCUAACUUCUCCUGCUCUCGAUGCUCACCCCCACCGCAGCCACAUGCCAAAUCCUCACAUCGUCCAGUCACAUCACUCUCAGUCAACCUCCCCCAUCGACCCGAAGGAUUCACCCAAUAUUAACAGAAAAGUCAAUGCUGGGCGCCGAAAGUCAACCACAUCCCGGAAUCCAUCGCGCGUGGUGCGUGAAUCACCAAGCAUGAAGCCACAGAGGAAGAAGGCACCGCCACCAUUAGCUGCAACCUUAGAGCUGGCUGGCGCGCUUAUGCAUCCCCAGACACCGUUGCACCAGGCUACAAAUAUUAACGGAACUGGAAACAAUUUCCCCCAGUUCUCAAGCCGUGACACCUCUUCGAACGAAUCGGUAUCUCCCGAGCCGCUGCCCGAUGUGCUCAUGCCUCCACCCCCCCGCGCUCUAAGCUCCCCAACGAUCCUCCCGUCAAAUGAGGGGAACGGCAGGGCUGCGGGGGCACCGGCAACCCCGGCUUCGUUGAUGAAGCUGCAAAAAAAGCCCAGCUUGUCGACGGAGGGUAUCCCGCCUAUAUCCAUGGACUCAACCGAGUUUUUGAAUCGGAAUGUUGCGUGGGCUAGGAAGGAGUCUGUCGAUAACAGUUCUGGGGCUUCGUCAAAUAGCGAUGGACAGCCCACCCCUGUUCUUGGCGCUGUUAAUGGCUCUUCAAAUAUGAAUAAAAUUUCAGAGCAAUUACAAAGUCCGAUGUUGAGUGCUCAGACACCGGGUAGUUCAUCGAGUCGGAAAAGCGUGUCUAAGCCUACUGGUCGUGGUGGGAAGCGCGGGAGCGUUUGCUCGAGUCCUGCACUACAGCCGAAAAUUUCACCAAGUAUAAAGCCUUUGUUACCUCAAGGAAUGAAUCCUGAAGCUUCUGCUCUUCUGUUAAAGUCAAAUUACCAGAACAUCGUCGAGGGCAACCACAAGCAACUCGGACUAUCAUACCCUGCAGAGCUUUCGACAAAUUUGACGUCAAAACGGACGAGUCACAAGAUUGCGGAGCAGGGAAGGCGAAAUAGGAUUAACAAUGCCUUGGCAGAGAUCGCCGCUUUAUUGCCAUAUAAUAGCGGGAAUGGGUCCGAUAAUAGCAACAGUGCGACUGCCAGUACUGCUGCUGCGGCACAAGCCAGCAAAGCGAGCACUGUGGAGAGCGCAAUCGAAUACAUCAAGGAGUUGCAGAAGGAACUGUCGGAAACAAAAAAGAGACUGGCAGAGACAGAGAAACAGCUUUCUAAGACGAGCAUUUGA